UUUUCUUGUUCAGAUAUUGGUGGGGAAAGGCACUGUUGAUUCUAAGAGGGUUGUGAACAUUCUCAGCUUGGUCUUUUGUGCAGUUUGUGUUCAUAGUUUGGAAUAUGGCAAAGUUUUAAACAGCCCAUCUUUGUUUUUGCUGAGUCUGAUGAUGGGUUGGUAUCUGUUUUCGACUUUGUCUUACCACUUAGCAGAAUGAGUGGAAUGAGGGACUACCAGAGGAGGAAAAACAUUGGCCUUGAGAGACCUUUGGGAGUUGGGACUUAACUUGCUAGAGUCCAGUUGUAGGUCUUCAACUGUGGAUCAACGGUGAAAGGAACCCAAAAAUUAAAAAGGAAUGUGAACUGGAUUCCAGGGGUUUGGAACUUGAAGUAUUCCAGGUCGCUGGACAGAUGAGAUCUUGGUGGUGUGAUCUUUUCCUGAGUUGCUGAUGCUGCUACUACUAGUUGAGGUUGAAAAAAGAAUAAAAGAAGGAGAAUAAGGGGAUAAACAAAUAAAGGGAAGGCCGGUGGUGUCAGGUCUGUGCUUGUGGGUGUCUCUGUUCUUGGAAUUUUUUAGUGUGGAGGGUCCGUUGGCAAUGUCUCCUGGACUAACCGUGGGCGACCGUUCUCCGUGGGCUAUGCCGUCGACCAAGGAAACAAGCUCUUCUUUGGGUCUCUUGCCAUUGAAGAGAAACCCAUCUUAAAAAAUUAGAGAUCCCCAUUUAGUGUUCUUUUUUUCUAAUCUUAUCAGCAUUACUCUCGCCUCGGUUCGUGGGAAAGAUUCGCUUCUUCUCUUAGACUCUUACCUUAUAUCCUUCCUUUCUUAGAUCUCAUCUUCUUUCCUUGAAGCGAAGAUUGUGAAGUGGGUCACAUACAGAAGUCUAGUUUCUAUCACUUGGGUUUUUCUCUUCUUCCUUCUUUUAUUUUAUUUUAUUCUCCUAGUUUCUGGGCUUCUUUUUUUUUUUUUUUUCCCCUUCUUGGGUAUGUUUGGUGGCCGGAGGAGAUCUGUGGUGGGGGCAGGGUGAGGGUGUUAGCUGGUUUAAUUAAUUAAGAACCGAGAAAGGAUUGUUUGGUAUCUAAGAGAAGCUGCAACGGAUCUUUCGUUUGCCAAAAUGAAGUUUAUGAAACUAGGUUCAAAGCCAGACUCAUUUCAGACUGAUGGAAACAAUGUUAGGUAUGUGGCAGCUGAGUUGGCAAGUGACAUUGUAGUUAACAUAGGGGAUGUGAAAUUUUAUCUGCACAAGUUUCCCCUGUUGUCCAAGAGCAUCCACUUGCAGAGGUUGGUCUCAACCACAGAUGAGGGAAACAAUGAUGAAAUCCACAUACCUGACAUUCCUGGGGGACCUGCUGCCUUUGAGAUAUGUGCCAAAUUCUGUUAUGGUAUGACUGUUACCCUCAACGCUUACAAUGUGGUUUCAAUUCGUUGCGCAGCAGAGUAUCUAGAAAUGCAUGAGACUAUUGAGAAAGGGAAUCUCAUUUAUAAGAUUGAAGUCUUCCUCAACUCCAGCAUCUUCCGUAGCUGGAAAGACUCGAUAAUAGCUCUUCAGACGACAAAAACUAUGCUUCCCUGGUGUGAGGAACUCAAGGUGAUCAGCCAUUGUGUUGACUCCAUAGCUUCUAGGGCCUGCAUUCACCCUUCCAGAGUAGAAUGGUCUUAUACUUAUAAUCGUAAAAAGCUUCCAUCAGAAAAUGGGAUGGAACCGCACUGGAAUGGUGUCAAGAAACAUCAAACCGUGCCCAAGGACUGGUGGGUUGAGGACCUGUGUGAGCUUGAAAUUGAUUUCUACAAACGGCUUAUAGUGACUAUCAAAACCAAAGGAAGAAUACCCGCUGAUGUAAUAGGGGAAGCCCUCAAUGCAUAUGCACUGAGAAGGUUGCCAGGUUUCAGCAAGGGUAUUAUCCAGGGUGAUGAUGUCGUCAAGAACGGGUCUUUGGUGGACACCAUUAUCUGGCUGUUGCCCACAGAGAAGGGCAGUGUUCCCUGUAGUUUCUUGGCCAAGCUGCUAAAAGCAGCUAUUGUGCUGGAUUCUGGAGAAAUGGGGAAGGAAGAGCUGGUGAGAAGAAUAGGCCAGCAGCUGGAUGAGGCAUCCGUGGCAGAUCUUUUGAUUCGGACAUCAGCCGAGGAAAAUAUAACGUAUGAUGUUGAUAUUGUAAAACGUAUAGUGGAAGAGUUUGUGAUGCAGGAGUGUGCUCAAGCUGACCUACCAGUUGCUGAAGAGCUUCAGGAGAUCAGAAGCCCAGUGUUUGUAUCAGAUACUUCUAAGCUAACCGUGGCAAAGCUGGUUGAUGGCUACCUUGCUGAAAUUGCACGUGAUCCAAAUCUUCCUCUGUCAAUGUUUGUUGAUCUUGCUGAAAUGGUAUCAGGAUUCUCCAGGCCAGCACAUGAUGCACUUUACCGUGCCAUUGACAUGUAUCUCAAGGAACAUCCUGGGAUCAGCAAGAGUGAGAAGAAAAGGAUAUGCCGGCUGAUGGACUGCAAGAAGCUGUCUGUGGAUGCAUGUACGCAUGCUGUGCAAAACGAGCGGCUCCCCUUACGUGUAGUGGUACAGGUCCUGUUCUUUGAGCAGGCCAGGGCUGCCACAUCCUUUUCUGGUGGAACUAGACCCGACCUUUCUGGAAGUGUCCAGGCUCUGCUCCCACAUGAGAAUGGUGGAUCUCAUGAGAGCUCAAGAUCUGCAACCAACACAGAUGAGGACUGGGAUGCUGUCCCAACAGCUGAGGAGCUGAAGGCCCUCAAGGGGGAGCUUGCAUCCUUAAGAUUGGGAGCAAGAAGUGGAGGCAGUGAUCGAAAUGGGAGUGAAGAUGCCAAAAGUAGCACUGAGAAAGCUCCAGCUAAUAAGGUGAAAGGGCUACUGAUGUCAAAGAAAAUAUUCAGAAAGCUAUGGUCGAGCAAAGGGGGACAGGGUGAGAAUAGCAGCUCUGAUACAUCGGAGAGCCCUGGUUCUGCCAACCCAGAGGAUACCAAGUCCACAUCUUCCAGAAAUGGGAGGAAUUCGGUCUCUUAGUACAGCCAUAGAGAGAAUUGCUGUGGGGGAGAAGGGGUAGAGUUGGCUUUUCGUCCUCCCUUGACAUUAGGAAGCUAGAACUACUGACGUCUUCAAGUUGACACAGAAACGAAAGGUGCACAGUGGGAGCCUUGAGCUAAGAAGUAGAUGCCUUUAGAAGAUUGGAAUUGAUCAUGAAAUAUGAAGCCUUCUACAUCUUAUGUUUCAUUGUUUUUUUGUUUAUUUUUUUGGUUUUCUUUUUUAUUCUUUUCUUUAUCUUUCUACAAAAAAAUAAUGGGUUUUGAAGAACCCAUUUUUGUUGUACCAUAAAAAGAAAAAGGAAAUGCUACUUUCUGGUUUCCAAGGCUUUCUAUUGCCUAGUUGCCUUUCAUGUUAAUUUGAGGAGUUGGGCCCAGUAAAAUGAAAUUUUCAUUGCCA